UUUCGGUCUCUAAUUGCCGCCCAAUCUCAGUGCGCGUUCACGCGGCGUCGAGCGCGUCCCAGUCUCCGGGCUCGCUCACCGCGCCUGCGCAGAGGAAUACAAGAUGGCGGAGAGUGCGGAACUGAAGCAAAUGGUGAUGAGCCUACGUGUAUCGGAGCUACAGGUGCUGCUGGGUUACGCUGGGCGCAACAAACACGGACGUAAACACGAGCUGCUAACCAAGGCGUUGCAUCUGCUAAAAGUCGGCUGCAGCCCCGCCGUGCAUAUGAAGAUCAAAGAGCUGUACCGCCGACGUUUCCCUGCAAAAAUGUUGUCUCACUCUGAGCUCUCUCUGCCCGGACCACAUUAUCCAGCCGCAGGGGUGGUUGGAGGAGGUGGAGCCGCGUUACCCGCCGGCUUGACGCAGCUGGCAUACGAGGGUCAUGCGGGCCACACUGGAGCCCCGUCACCUGCUGCCUUACUUCCCCUCUCGCUACUUGGCCCCGGGAAACAUGAACUGACCGGUUUGACGCACCAUCUGUCCGCCACCGGCCCGCUGCACCCUGUCCAUCCGGACGUGAAGCUCCAGAGGUUGCCAUUUUAUGACAUGUUUGAUGAGCUCAUCAAACCAACAAGUCUAGCUUCAGACAACAGCCAGAGAUUUCAGGAGACGUGUUUUGCCUUUGCAUUAACACCGCAGCAAGUCCAGCAGAUCAGCAGUUCCAUGGACAUCUCGGGGACCAAAUGUGAUUCCUCAGUUCAAGUCCAAUUGCGGUUUUGCCUGUCAGAGACGAGCUGUCCUCAGGAAGAUCAUUUUCCACCCAGUUUGUGUGUGAAAGUGAAUGGCAAGCCAUGUAACCUGCCGGGUUAUCUUCCUCCAACCAAAAACGGUGUUGAGCCUAAGCGGCCCAGCCGGCCCAUCAACAUUACCUCCUUGGUCAGACUGUCCACCACAGUCCCUAAUACCAUUGUGGUGUCCUGGACCGCUGAGAUUGGAAGGAAUUACUCCAUGGCAGUGUACUUGGUGAAGCAGCAGUCGUCCACAGUACUUUUGCAGAGGCUACGGGCCAAAGGCAUACGGAAUCCAGACCACUCCAGAGCACUCAUCAAGGAGAAGCUAACAGCAGACCCAGACAGUGAAAUAGCCACAACUAGUCUCCGUGUGUCAUUGCUGUGUCCGCUUGGAAAGAUGCGGCUGAUGAUUCCAUGCCGGGCGCUGACAUGCUCUCACCUGCAGUGCUUUGACGCCACACUCUAUAUCCAAAUGAACGAGAAGAAGCCCACCUGGGUGUGUCCUGUCUGUGACAAGAAGGCCCCCUACGAACAUCUUAUCAUCGACGGGCUAUUUGUGGAGAUCCUGAACAACUGUAUGGAUUGUGAUGAGAUCCAGUUCAAGGAAGAUGGAAACUGGUCCCCCAUGAGGGCAAAAAAGGAAGUGCAAGAAGUCUCCUCUGCCUCGUUAACCAGCCUAAAUGGGCCAAGUCAGACAUCUGUGAGCUCCGAUCAGCAGAGCUACUUGUCAGCUAACCCCAGCAACAGCAGCAACAGCAAGAAAAUGACCGUUAUAGACUUGACAUUAGACAGCUCCUCAGAAGACGAAGGACGGGAUACUCUGUCGCCACAGCCUCCUCCAGCCAAACGAGCCUGUCCCCCCAUGUCCCCAGCGUCACCGCCCGUCCUCAACAAAAGUGUGUUAAACCUGAACCACCAGGCCUCUCCAGUGAGUCGUGCUCCCAGCAUGCCAACUGUGGACACCAGCUACAUGCCUCCUGUACCUCCACUCAUCCAGGACUAUAGACCUUAUUACCACACCACUGGUGACUUGCCAGAUUUGAGCUUCUUCUCUUUCCUGCAGGGUGACAAUCAUCAGCAUUACAACAUGGUUAUGGCAGCAGCGGCGGCCGCCUCCACCUCAGACGACCACGAAAUGCUCCUCAACCGCUUCCUGCCCUACAGCGCCACAGGCUCUCCGGCCUCCUCGCAGCUGUUCCUGGAGCCAUCGGGAACCUCUUCGGCAUCUUCACUGACUGUGCCAACAAACGGGGCUAUCAACUCAGGCAGCAGCAGCAACUUGGUGUCAUCCAGCGGCCUCCAUGACACACACUCCUUGUCUUCGCACACGCCACACUCACACAUGUUGGCCGGCCGGGGUAGCGCGGAGGCAGCUGUGGCAGCUAUUUACGGAGGAAUACCUGAUAUUAUUUCACUGGACUGACUGCAAUCUCGCCAGAAAAGACGUUAAUUUGGCUGCAGGGGAACUGACUUGCCCAAAUCAUUAAACUCCUGUGUGGAGUCUUUUCUCAGUCGACAGACCUGACAGCACCAGUGUGGUCCACAACGGUCCUACUGGUCAGCUGAGCACAUUGUUGGAGACUUUAUCAGUGGCUCUGCCUUACUGGUAUCAACAGGGCACAAACAGCGAGAAAACAAAAUGAUUUUUUUUUUUUUUUUACGAAUACGAGGAAAAGGCACUGUGCAGAGAGAACAAAAUCUAUUUUCUACUUUUACUUUUCUAUGUUCCAUUGGGACACAUCCAAGCUAGAGAGCUGCUUCCAGUGCUGUCCUGUGACCACACCACACGCUCCCCUUGCCUUGUAGAACAACAUUCACCUUCUAGUUGACCUGCUGGUGAAGUUCCUCAUCAAUCUCAAGCUCAUUUUCUGGCUCCUUACUACAGUUAAUUAAGGUAAUGCUCUGUCCUUAUUGCUUUUACGCAAUCCGUGACAUGUUCGGGUUGUGCAGAUUUAAUGACGUGGAGGGUGCAGGUGAAGCAGCCAUAACUAGGUCCCUCUCACUCCUUUUCAAAACUCAGUCAGUAUAUAGCAUUUAUACUUUUUGGGAGCUUCACGCUAUUUAUAUUUGUAAAUUAAGAGAUGGAAGUAAUCUUUUGUGUUGUUGUUGCUCAAUGCCAAAAAUUACAAGGUACCUUCAUGGUGAUCAGAGUGUUAUCCAAAAGCUUGUCUCAUACAUAGUUUCCCCACAAAAAUGUGUAUAAUAAUUAUUAUUAUAUUUGUGUUUCAGGCGAAGUUUCAGGAUGAAGCUAAAAUGCACUUUGCAUGUGAACUUAAUGAAUUGUGAAUGGUCAGUUCUUUGUUACAGAACAUCAGGUUAUGCAAACAGUACUCAUCACUGGGUGACUCUGGCACUUGAGUACAUGCCGCCACACUUUGCUGUUCCUGUUUCACGAGCCCUGCAUGCCUUGAUAAUACAUCUGGGAAUAAGAGGCUUCUGUAGCGAACUGGGCUGCCUGUUUUCCGUAGCAAUAGUGGCUGAAUGAGUUUCCCCAGUGGAUAGCAGUGCCCAGCAAACGAGAGUCUCUGCUGAGAGACUUUCUGAGGAUAGUGGCAUAAUAUCUCCGUAUAUACACUUUGAGGUAGCGUGCUCGGACCAGUUGAUGUUUUGACCGUUUCUGACCAAGUUGGUGUAGGCGCCGUCCAGACGCUUUUGUUGUUGUGUGAUGAGAGUCCACGUUUCUGCUCCAUAGAGGACAAUAGGCUCUAUCAUAGUUCGAAAGAUGUACAUUUUUGUUACAAGACCUUUGGUCGAGUGCCACAGCUAAUUGCUGGCUGUCCAUGCUGAGGCUUUGCGGGACCAACUGGGGGGUUAAAUUGCAAAAAAAGGAUUCCAGGGCACGGCCACCCCUGCUGCUCACUGCUCCCCUCGCCUCCCAGAGGGUGAUCAAGGGUGAUGGGUCAAAUGCAGAGAAUAAUUUCGCCACACCUAGUGUGUGUGUGACAAUCAUUGGUACUUCAACUUUAAAGGCCUACUGAAACCAACUACUACCGACCACGCAGUCUGAUAGUUUAUACAUCAAUGAUGAAAUAUUAACAUUGCAACACAUGCCAAUACGGCCGGUUUAGUUUACUAAAUUGCAAUUUAAAAUUUUGCGCUUAAGUAUCCUGCUAAAACGUCGCUGUAUGAUGACGCGUGCGGGUGAUGUCACGCAUUGUAGAGGACAUUUUGUUCUAGCACCGUUCGCUAUAAGUCGUCUGUUUUCAUCGCAAAAUUCCACAGUAUUAUGGACAUCUGCAUUGCUCAAUUUUUUUGCAAUUUGUUCAAUGAAUAAUGGAGACGUCAAAGAAGAAAGCUGUAGGUGGGAAGCGGUGUAUUGCGGCCGCCUUUAGCAACACAAACACAGACGGUGUUUCAUUGUUUACAUUUCUGAAAGAUGACGGUGAUGCUUUACUAUGGAACAGAGCGGUCAAGCGAACACGGUUCCCUACCACAUGUCAACCGGCAAGUUUCGGUGAGAAAAUGGUGGUAAUAAGUAGGCUCUUACCGUAGACAUGAGCAGAGAGCUUGCGUCGUUCCUCCUGCGCCUGUCAAAGAGGCAGCUGUGGACUCUCUUGCCUCCUCCCACCGGCUGCCCUCGACCGUCGGAUGCUUCCACCGUGGAGGAGGGAAAAAAAAAAAAAAUCUCAGCCCGGCCGCCUUCGCCUCGUCGAGAAACGUGGCUUCCCUCGGAGACACUGGCGGUCAGCACACCCGUGGCCACACCCCUCCGGCUUUUUUUUUCAAAUUCCGUUGACAAAAGUCCCAGGUUUACGCCACUUUCUUGCGCAUACUAUAGCUAUUGGAUUAGACCACACAUACAAAGUACAGUGUAUUAUGCAGCGAUCAUUUCGAAAGAUCGUGCUUCAAAGAGGGUCCCUUGCGAAGGGCAGAGAUGGGCAUCGCCACCACCCAUCAACUGGUGCUGAAGAACGGUGCGGGGCCGACGUUCAGGUUGUACAGGUACGACCAUAUAAUCUCACUAAAACACUAGUAACACAAUAAGCAGAUAAGGGAUUUUCCAGAAUUAUCCUUGUAAAUUUGUCAAAUAACAUCUGAAUCACUCCCACUGCCGUCUAGUCUUUUUUUUUUUUUUCUAGUCCUUCACUCUCACUUUCCUCAUCCACGAAUCUUUCAUCCUCGCUCAAAUUAAUGGGGUAAUCGUCGCUUUCUCGGUCCGAAUCGCUCUCGCUGCUGGUGGCCAUGAUUGUAAAUAAUUUGCGGAUGUGAGGAGCUCCACAACCCGUGACGUCACGUGCAAAUCGUCUGCUACUUCCGGUACAGGCAAGGCUUUUUUUUACCGGUCCCGGAAUAUCCUUAAAAAAAAGCUUUAAAGUGCUUGAUUUUCGCUAUUUGCGAUGCGAUUAUCCAUUUCCCUGUGACGUCAUACAGUGCUGCCAAUGUAAAGAAACAACGGUGAAUACCACAGCAAGAUAUAGCGACAUUAGCUCGGAUUCAGACUCGGAUUUCAGCGACUUAAGCGAUUUAACAGAUUACGCAUGUAUUGAAACGGAUGGUUGGAGUAUGAAAGUAUUGAAGAAGAAACUGAAGCUAUUGAGCGAAUAGCUAUUGACGCUAUUCAUAGCCUUAGCAUGGCCGAAUAGCUGCGUUAGCAUCGCCGGUAAAAUGUGCGGACCAAACGAUCAGGACUUUCGCAUCUCGUGACACUGGAGCAACUUAAAUCCGUCGAUUGGUAAGUGUUUAUUUCGCAUUAAAUGUGGGUGGAAGGAAACGUAAUAUAGUUGCAAAUGCAUCCGCAGGUUAUCCAUACAUCUCUGUGCCAUGUCUGCUUUAGCACCGCCGGUAAAUAGCAUGUUGGCAUCGAUUAGCAUAGCAUGUUAGCAUCGAUUAGGUGGCAGUCAACAACAACAAAACUCACCUUUGUUAUUUCGUUGACUUUAUAGUUGCAAAUGCAUCUGCAGGUUAUCCAUACAUCUCUGUGCCAUGUCUGCUUUAGCACCGCCGGUAAAUAGCAUGUUAGCGUCGAUUAGCGUAGCAUGUUAGCAUCGAUGAGCUGGCACUCACGCCGCAACCAAAUAUGUCUGAUUAGCACAUAAGUCAACAUCAACAAAACUCACCUUUGUGAUUUCGUUGAAUUUAUCGUUGCAAAUGCAUCUGCAGGUUAUCCAUACAUCUCUGUGCCAUGUCUGUCAUCGCCGGUAAAAUGUGGAGACACUCUGGCACAUUCAAUGAGGGUCUGGCGGCAGACACUUUCGCAUCUUCGGGCCAGUGGUGCAACUUGAAUCCCUCCCUGUUAGCGUUGUUACACCCUCCGACAACACACCGACGAGGCAUGAUGUCUCCAAAGUUCCAAAAAAUAGUCGAAAAAACGGAAAAUAACAGAGCUGAAAAUGGCGGCUGUAUUACCUCGGAGACGUCACGUUCUGACGUCAUCGCGAAAAAAACGAUAAACAGAAAGGCGUUUAAUUCGCCAAAAUUCACCCAUUUAGAGUUCGGAAAACGGUUAAAAAAAAAAAGGUCUUUUUUCUGCACCAUCAAGGUAUAUAUUGACGCUUACAUAGGUCUGGUGAUGAUGUUCUCCUUUAAAGGAACAAUUACACAGAUAUGCAAACCUUCAGAACAGUCAGUAACGUGUGUGGACCUGUAGGCCUUUGUGGUUAAUUGUGUCCAGAGAGAGGCGCAGAACAUAGUCCGAUAUAAUAAUAAACAACAAUGGAGAUAGUGUGUCCCCUUGAUUCCUGCCCCGAUUUGGAAAAAAACGCAGUUUCAUCAUCAGCUGUAAUAACUGUCGCCUGCGUGUUGGCAGAGGGUGACUUAGCUGCGUCAAUGAUAGGUUGUGGGAUGCUGUAGAUGGGAGGAUGUUGAACAUGGCUUCUCGAUUGAUUGCGUCGAAUGCUUUCUGAAAGGCCACAAAGCAGAUUGCGAAGUGCUUGUCGAGCCUUUUUUAUUCAAUAAUGUGACACAGGGUGAACAUUUGUGAGAUGGCAGAUUGGCCCCUUCUAAAGCCAUUCUGGUUGUUGAUCAACUGCAGGCAGAAGCCGAUUCAGCAGGAGCUUAUUGUAGAUUUUGGCUGCGAUCGGUGUUAGAGCGAUGCUUCUGUAAUUGGAGGCCAAUGCCUGGUCACCUUUUUUGGGAAUUGGCACAAUACCAGACUUUGUCCAGGCAGAUUGUGGCGAUAAAACAGAAAAGGUGUUACAGAACUUGAGCAGUAGGUCAGAUCUAUCCAGAUGAGACUCUUUGGCUUUCAGAGACUACUGCCUCGCGCAGCUCCUGUCUGGUGAAUGGAGACAUGCUAAUGUCAAGUGGUUCGGCAAUCUGGAUAAGAGCUGGUUGCCCCUAACAACCAUAGUGCCCAAUCCAACGGCACGGGAAAUUGGACACACCUGUGGAGCAUUAGGACUGCGUACAUUUAAAAGGAGCGACAGGAGGAGAGAAAAGUGGUGGGAGCAGGGUCGACAGAGGAAAAACGGCAGGCUUUGCCAGGAGGAGAGGGGACGGCAGGAUUCGGCAGGUUCUGGCCGGGACGGGGUAGAAUCUACUGUCUUUGCCGAGAGCGACCCGGUAGACGCACGCAGACUGGGAAGGAACCCCCGGGCCACACAGUAGACCCUGCAGGCUACCGGAACGAACCCCAAGACGUUCACAACAGGCAGGGGCAGAGGAAACUCUGUCGCCCAAGGGGCGAUUUGGAUCCAUGGACCUGCCGUGACCCCCGGAGCGACCAGGAGGCGGAGCGGGACGGGUAGGGCCACGUAGGUCCUGCGAGUGACCGAAGAGUGGGCGUACCCAUUACGUUGACGCGGGACUACAAAUCCUGCCUUGCGUGAGGACGCCGUGGAAGUGGGCAGAGCCAAGACAUGGACCCACACGCCUGACUGUACCCUCGCCCAUCACAUUCGUUACCAUUUUGUUAUUUUAGUGUUCACAACGUGACUGGUUUUAAUUGUAUUUUAAUAAAUUGUGAACCAGUAUAA